CCUGUUCAGAGAGUUUUUCUCAGUUGCCCUAAUUUCUGUGAACUGCGUAUCUCUGGAACGAAAUUUUGAAGCGGGUCUUCCAAUCUCCCUUGCAUUUGGGGGAUCUACGCUUUUGGGCUUUGUUGCAUUUGUUGAAGUAUAUAGAAAGAGUGCGUAGUUGUUUGUGAGGAAGAAUAAAGGAUGAGUCGGAGCUUAGGGAUUCCGGUGAAGCUGCUGCACGAGGCGUCGGGACACGUGGUGACGGUGGAGCUGAAGAGCGGGGAACUGUACCGCGGAAGUAUGGUCGAGUGCGAGGAUAAUUGGAAUUGCCAGUUAGAAAAUAUCACUUAUACUGCUAAGGAUGGGAAGGUCUCACAACUCGAGCAUGUUUUCAUUAGAGGCAGCAAAGUCAGGUUCAUGGUAAUUCCAGAUAUGCUUAAAAAUGCUCCCAUGUUUAAGCGUUUGGAAGCUAGGAUUAAGGGCAAGGGUUCAUCACUUGGAGUAGGACGUGGACGUGCAGUUGCAAUGCGAGCCAGAGCUCAGGCUGCUGGUCGUGGAGCUGCUCCUGGUAGGGGUGCUGUCCCACCUGUACGGAGGUGAUCUUAUCCCAUUAUUGGCAUUACAGGUCUCAUGAAGUGGGCAUGUCCAUUGUAGCCAACCAUGGUCGAUCCUUGGUCUUGUUCCCCAUGUUCCCAGCUGUUGUAAUGCUUUCGUGUCUAAAUGAGAACUUGCUAUGAGUUAGAUGAAAUGUGACUGAUUUUCUAAUGGCUGUAACUGGAGUUUGUUGUAGUGUUUUGAUCAGGUGGCAAUUGAGCUUUAAAAUUUGAAAUCACUU